GCGGCGGGCGGCGAGCGGGGGCCCGGGACCCGCGGCGCCUCCGGAGCCCGGCCGCCGCCUCUGCGCGCAGCCCCGCGGCCGGGCAUGGGCGGGGGCGCCGGGCCGGCACGAUGAGCGCGCUGGGCAGCCCGGUGCGGGCCUACGACUUCCUGCUCAAGUUCCUGCUGGUGGGCGACAGCGACGUGGGCAAGGGCGAGAUCCUGGCGAGCCUGCAGGACGGCGCGGCCGAGUCCCCGUACGGCCACCCGGCGGGGAUCGACUACAAGACCACCACCAUCCUGCUCGACGGCCGGCGGGUGAAGCUGCAGCUCUGGGAUACGUCGGGUCAGGGAAGAUUUUGUACCAUAUUCCGCUCCUACUCUCGGGGUGCACAGGGCGUGAUCCUGGUCUACGAUAUUGCAAACCGCUGGUCUUUUGAUGGCAUCACCCGAUGGAUUAAGGAGAUUGACGAGCACGCCCCUGGGGUCCCUAAAAUCCUGGUGGGGAAUCGCCUCCACCUGGCGUUCAAGCGGCAGGUGCCCACGGAGCAGGCCCAGGCCUACGCGGAGCGCCUGGGCGUGACCUUCUUCGAGGUCAGCCCGCUCUGCAACUUCAACAUCACGGAGUCCUUCACGGAGCUGGCCAGGAUCGUGCUGCUGCGGCACGGAAUGGACCGGCUCUGGAGGCCCAGCAAAGUGCUGAGCUUGCAAGACCUCUGCUGCCGCGCGGUGGUGUCGUGCACGCCCGCGCACCUGGUCGACACGCUGCCGCUGCCGCCCGCCUUACGGAGCCACCUCAAGUCGUUCUGCAUGGCCAACGGCCUCAGCGCCAGGAUGAUGCACGGCCGCUCCUCCUCCCUCGCCGCCAGCGCCACCCACAAACGGAACAGCUUCCGCAAGGGGAAGGUCGUCCGCCCACCCCAGAGUCCACCCAAAAACUGCACCAGAAACAGCUGCAAAAUUUCUUAAGGAAGGCGCUGGAAGGAAACACACUGGAAUCCCUCCAGGGAAACUCUGAACAGUCACACCCGGAAGACGGUGACGCGUUCCAGAUCCACGAAACAAGGUUUCAAUGUCUCCCGGUGACGGGGCUGCUUGGGAAUGCGUGUGGUGCCUUCCGUGCGAUGAAAACAUUUUGAAUUUCUACGUGGACGUGCAUGAAGCUCGUGUUCUAGACGUGUGUUUAUAAAGGGAAAAUUGGUACUCUGCUCAGCCCUUGAUAACGUGAGAUUUUGAACGUUGCUUAUAUCAUGAUUGCACUGCAACUUUUUCCUUAAAAUAACUGCUUUUGUAAGAACGGUGAUAUGCAAAUGGUAAGCAUAGAUUUUGGGAAUUUGAGAAGCAAUGAUAGAUAAUUUAGAGUCAUCGAUAUCACAAGAGGGUUCUUUUUGUAAACCUCCUUUUUAAUGUCUAAGCACCGGUUUAUAACCACUGAGGAUGCACAUGGAGAUUGCGUAGCACAUCUGUCCAGUUUGUGUGUGAAACGGAUUUGAUAAAGUUUUGCUAUGUCAUUUACUACAUUUGGGGAUUAAUAAGUGAUUUAUAUACAUAUUUUUCUGUAAAUCUACAUUUUUUUGUACCAGAUGUUCUACAAGUUAUGAAGUUAAGGGAAGAAAAUGCCAAAGAUAUCUCCAGUUACGUUGAACGCAGCCAACAUCGUUUCCACAGACCCGCGAGGACAGACCCGUUUCAGUGAAGAAUGAAGUAAACACACUUAGGAAAAUGUUUCUCAAAAAUAAAACGUACACUGGUU